AUGUCUGCUCCUGAACCGCAAGGGAAUAAUUCCAUUAUAGAAAUUGAGAGUGACCCGGAGGAGGACCAACGUAUUAUAAAUCAAUAUAGACAGACAAGAUUAGUGCCAGAUAGACGUUUAAAUCGUCCAAGAGAUGCAUCAAACAGGUUUGUUAAUGCAGAUACCUACUCUUUACAACUACAGAAUGCAGAAGAUGGAGAUGAUGGGGACGAUUUGCAAAUUGUAAACGAAGUAUAUCUAGAUGAUGAGGGCCCUAUCGAUGGUAUGGCUGAUUUUGUUGAUUUAGAACGUAAUACACCAUCGAGCAGGCUGGUAGUGAACUAUGUUAAUGGUGAGACGUCUGAGGCUUCGCGAGAAGACGACGAAAUAGCUAUUAUAGAAGAGCGAACGGUGCAGCCUACCUUUUUGUUGAACCUCCCGAUCGGCCAAACACUUCGAAUUAGUGGCACGAUUGAGGAUCGCCCAGCAAGAAGAUCGUUCGAGACACAGCGUACCGCCAGAGUUAAUCUUUUGCGAAGGGCCGCUAGAGGUGCACAAAGGCUUUUUAUGACUGAUCCAGAUAGUGACCAGAAUGACGAAACUGAAGCUAAUAAUGACGGCGAAUACCUGCCACAAGCUGUGGUGAGGCAACGGCAACAAGCGGCAAUGCAGAAUCGAAUGCAGCGCCAACUUAGACAGAGGUCUUUACGACAAAGAGAGCAUCUAACGGAUCCUGAGGUAGAACUCCUGGACCCCGAAAUAAGAAGUAUGUUUUACCAUGCGGAAACCCCACAUGAGCUACGAACUAUGCUCAACUCGAGAGGCAUAGAUGCAAACGCAAAUUCUCAGAACCUUGUGCAACUUUACAUGAGAUUCCGUUCCAGGCAGUUAAACAACUGGGCAAGGCAACGGGCCCAAGAUUUUUAUUUUAGAGCUAAUACUUCUUCAGGCCGUGAAGAACCGAAUACAAACCAUUCAUUACGUCCGUUACGUCACCAGCAUCCAUUAAACCAGCAGCGGGCGCCUUUCACAAGCUACGUCUUAGCAAGGUCGCUAGGAAACCUGGGGCCAUGGCGUCACGACCUCUUGGGAGAAGAUGAGGAGGAAGUAACGCAAAAUAUUAUAGACCUGAUCCAGGCAAGAGAAGAAAGGGACCUCGACAACCGUAAAAGAAAGUACAUGGAAGAUACCAAGUCCCAGCAACAAAAAUUCAUAGAAAGAGCCCAGUCGCUCCCGGAUAAGUACUGCGCUUCAUUUGACCCGACUCCGAAAAUGAGAAUUACUAUGGAAAGAAAUGGCAAGACCGAGGAAGUCAUGGUGACAGACGAUCAGACUGCUAAAAACUACAUCGAAAUACCCGUCUGCUGUCUAUGCGGAGUAGAGUUGGGGCUCGGCAUUCCGGAUGACUUUAAGGGCAUUUCGCAGGUUGAUCGGGCAGUUUCAUUUGAGAGUCUUGUGUCAAAAUACGAUUUCAGGUCUCCUUACCAAGCCUUAGCACGCCCGUCCGUUGCGGAUCGAAACCUGUCCAAGAGGACGUUCGUUGCACACUGUGGGCACACUUUCUGUGGCAGGUGUUUUGCUCGUAUAAAUAAUGCUAAGAAGUUUUCUAAAGUUUCAAAAAAGCGAUUAGCUGAGUUGAGAGGACCCUCUCAUCCGGACAACUAUGGGCCACGUAUAUGUCCGACAGAAGGAUGUAAAGGUCAGUUACGUGCUAGAGGAAAAAUGCGAGAGGUUUAUUUUUAA